UAAGAGGGUAAGAUAGAACUAGUCUGCAGUAUACUGAUUUUAGUAAAUUUAUUUUUCAACAGGAGAUGUGGGACAUGUGGAUUGGAAAUAUGAAUUCAUUUGAAAAACCAGUUUGGGGGUAUGAACGUGAUUUCUGAUGAAUCUGGAUUGGGAUAAUUUUCAUGAUCUUUGUAUAUUUAUAUAUAUAUAUGUAUUUUAAAAUUUUGCAUUUGACUUAAAAGUGCCAUGAGAAAAUUUGCAUAUUGCAAGGUGGUUCUGGCCACCUCCUUGAUUUGGGUACUCUUGGAUAUGUUCCUGCUGCUUUACUUCAGUGAAUGCAACAAAUGUGAUGAGAGAAAGGAGAGAGGACUUCCUGCUGGGGAUGUUCUAGAGCCAGUACAAAAGCCUCAUGAAGGUCCUGGAGAAAUGGGGAAACCAGUCGUCAUUCCUAAAGAGGAUCAAGAGAAAAUGAAAGAGAUGUUUAAAAUCAAUCAGUUCAAUUUAAUGGCAAGUGAGAUGAUUGCACUCAACAGAAGUUUACCAGAUGUCAGGUUAGAAGGGUGUAAAACAAAGGUGUAUCCAGAUAAUCUUCCAACAACAAGUGUCGUGAUUGUUUUCCACAAUGAGGCUUGGAGCACACUUCUUCGAACUGUUCAUAGUGUCAUUAAUCGCUCACCAAGACACAUGAUAGAAGAAAUUGUUCUAGUUGAUGAUGCCAGUGAAAGAGACUUUUUGAAAAGACCUCUAGAGAGUUAUGUGAAAAAACUAAAAGUGCCAGUUCAUGUAAUUCGAAUGGAACAGCGAUCUGGAUUGAUCAGAGCUAGAUUAAAAGGAGCUGCUGUCUCCAAAGGUCAAGUGAUCACCUUCUUAGAUGCUCAUUGUGAGUGCACAGUGGGAUGGCUGGAGCCUCUCUUAGCCAGGAUCAAACAGGACAGGAGAACGGUGGUAUGUCCUAUCAUCGAUGUGAUCAGCGAUGAUACUUUUGAGUAUAUGGCAGGCUCUGAUAUGACAUAUGGUGGAUUCAACUGGAAACUCAAUUUUCGCUGGUAUCCUGUUCCCCAAAGAGAAAUGGACAGGAGGAAAGGCGAUCGAACUCUUCCUGUCAGAACACCUACAAUGGCAGGUGGCCUUUUUUCAAUAGACAGAGAUUACUUUCAGGAAAUUGGAACAUAUGAUGCUGGAAUGGAUAUUUGGGGAGGAGAAAAUCUAGAAAUUUCCUUUAGGAUCUGGCAGUGUGGAGGAACUUUGGAAAUUGUUACAUGCUCACAUGUUGGACACGUGUUUCGGAAAGCAACACCUUACACAUUUCCAGGAGGCACGGGGCAGAUCAUCAACAAAAAUAACAGACGACUUGCAGAAGUGUGGAUGGAUGAAUUCAAGAAUUUCUUCUAUAUAAUUUCACCUGGUGUUACAAAGGUAGAUUAUGGAGAUAUAUCAUCAAGACUUGGUCUGAGACACAAACUACAUUGCAAACCUUUCUCUUGGUACCUAGAGAAUAUCUACCCUGAUUCUCAAAUUCCACGUCAUUAUUUCUCACUGGGAGAGAUUCGAAAUGUGGAAACAAAUCAGUGUCUAGAUAACAUGGCUAGAAAAGAGAAUGAAAAAGUUGGAAUUUUUAAUUGUCAUGGUAUGGGAGGUAAUCAGGUUUUCUCUUAUACUGCCAACAAAGAAAUUAGAACAGAUGACCUUUGCUUGGACGUUUCCAAACUUAAUGGCCCCGUUACCAUGCUCAAAUGCCACCACCUAAAAGGCAAUCAACUCUGGGAGUAUGACCCAGUGAAAUUAACCCUGCAGCAUGUGAACAGUAAUCAGUGCCUGGAUAAAGCCACAGAAGAGGAUAGCCAGGUGCCCAGCAUUAGAGACUGCAAUGGAAGCCGGUCCCAGCAGUGGCUUCUUCGAAACGUCACCCUUCCAGAAAUAUUCUGAGACCAAAUUUACAAAAAAAAAAAGAAAAAGAAAAAGAAAAAAAAAAAUGAUUGACUGGGCUACCUCAGCAUACAUUUCUGCCACAUUCUUAAGUAGCAAAAAAGGAAAAGUGCUUUCCUCCUCUGCAGGAUGUUAAGGUUUAUCAGCCAUUAAAACUCAGACUCCUCUAGCUUUUCACUAGCUGUGAACCAGCCUUCCUGUCCUAGGACGUGAAACUGCAUAGUAGUGAGACUGUGCACACUGAUGUUUACAAGAUGGAAAGAGUCUUUCAUCAAGAAUCAUGGGAAAGAAUAUUCAGACAACAAAACUUAAUCAACAAAAUGUGCUUUUUGAAGAACUGUACCUUUUAUGGUUUGCUUGCACAUCAGCAAUUCUGCUGAAUGUGCUGUCCUAAUGAAGAUAUUUCCAAGAUUUUUUUCCUGAUUAGAACUGGUAGCCAGUAUAUUAACUAUUGAUAUACAAAUAGAUGAAAAAGAACUGGAACCAGAUUCACAAUCAUGAAAACCACAUUUUUACAACAAUUUAAAAAAACUAUAUUAAACAGGGUUUUAAAAAAAUUACAACAGAACUAUGAGAAGUACAAUUUGUUAUAGUAUAGUAUCAAAUUUCUAUAUAGAUUUUAUACCUCAGCGGGGAAAAAUAACUGAUUCCAAUGACAUUCAUUUUGUUUUCAUCUGUGAUAGUCAUGGAUGCUUUUAUUUUUCUUGGGGUGCUGAAAAUGAGCUGGGAAAAAAGCUCUUUGAACAUUUAAUUUCUACAUUUUUUAUUUGGUUUGUGGGCUAUUGGAAUUAUAAUUUUUAAUUGCCUUCUAAACAUGGAGAAUUAACAUGAUGGUGUCUGGUCUCAAAUGAACAAGUUCAAUAUUUCAUUUGAUCUUGGGUCAACUGGCUUAUAGUCUGUCUCUCCCUUUGACUCAUAUACGUGCGUACACAAACACACACGUACACACAACACAUUUCUUGCCACAUCUACUUCUUAACUUGAUACAACAGAUUAUGCUUAAUACCCAAGAUUCAUACUACUGUAUUACAGAUUUGUUUUCCUAGCAAUAAAUUUUCAGUUCUUUAUGAUUCCACUUAAAAGGCUUACAGAAGCAUUUUAUUAUUUGGGUAUUUGGAGAUAAUAUAUUUGAUGGUUUUUUGGAAAACCUUUUUCACUCCAUACUCAGAUGUACUUCAUUGUCAAGUGCAUACUUAGAUUAGAUUCUUGAAUUGUAAUGUUGAUCUGCUGCUUUUUUAAAAUAAAAUUUGACUGAAAAUGUUCAAUUGGCAUUUUUUACUGAGUUAGCCAAAGAAGUGCAGCUAUUUUUUCGUAUGAUUAGUCCUGCAUUUCUUCCCUAAAUUGUAUUUAGGUUGAAUUUGUUUUAUUUUUGUCUGAUUUUUAAUAUUUAGGUAUCCAUUAAAAGUUGAUGUCAGUUAAAGGUAAUUUUUAAUCUCACAGAAGGAAAAUCUCAUGACAUUCUCCGCAAUAUGUAAAGAUAUCCAUUGGCAAAGGUGCAUAUAUUUUUCCUUUCUACUUGUAAGAUUAUCUUUUAAUGGUAGUCUUUUCUUUGAUUAUCAAAGACUGUCACUGCAGGCAGUGCUAUUGUGCCUAAGAAUAUUUCUCAAAGUCAUAUCAUUAAUGAUAACUUGCCAACUUGGGUAUACACAGUUUCUCAUGUCCUUUUAUUAAAAACUUAAUCCACAUCAAGCACGUGGGUGUUUUAGGGUGAGGCUGUAAUACAGAGUGCAUAAACUGUCCCCAGGAAAUUUGAAAUAAUGCAGGUGCUGGAUGGAAUUUUUUUUUUCCUACUCCAUAGCUGUGUUCAGUAGGCCUACUGCUUGAAUAAAUCAGAUGUCUAGUCAAUAAAUUAUUUUCAUGCUCAGAA